GUAGGUACAAAACGUGUAUGCAAUUUAGCAUCCUGCCCAAAAGGCUCGAUUAGUUUGCUGCAUGUUGCAUGCUGCUGCAAACUACUUGCAGACGUCUUGGGCCGUGUAACUUUGUUUCGCGUGACAACCCUCAAAUAUACAUGGUAAUAUGCUGGUACGUCCAGGCAACAAAGAUGUACAAUAGUUCUCUAUGUUACCCAUACGAAGUUAAACUUAGGUGGGCUUUGCCACUAUAGAUCAAUCAAGAGAUUGAGAUAAGGUAUGUAUUCGCCCUGUGUUGGCCAAACUGAAUCAAAAGAGUUACACAGAGAGAGAGAGAGAGAGAGAGAAAGAGAGGGAGGAGGG